UCACACGAACUAUAUAGUAUCGAAAUUGAUUUCUGAAAAGCUUUAACAAAUCUUUAUGGUCUAGAUUUAUAGAAUCAAGACACUGAACAAGAUCAUGAAGGUUUAUAUGAUGUGUGUUUUAAUGUUAAGUUUUGGCUGUUUCUUUUCUAAUGGUGACAGUAAUAAAUUAGAAAUUGCCUACAACAAGGCUGAAAGAAUGAUUUCCAGUUUAAAAACCCAACUUGAAGAACUUAAACAAAGCUACUUGGAGAUGAUAACACAGAAAGCGAUUCAGGAAGUUGUGUUUAAUCCCUCAUCCUGCCUAGCUGCUGGAAUUAACACAAAUGGAGUCCAUACUAUUGAAGUUCCUGGCUUAGAACCCUUUCCAGUUUUCUGCGACACCCGACUGGCGGGAUCAGGAUGGACAGUCAUCCAGCGUCGUCGAGACGGAAGUGAGAACUUCUACCGCAGCUGGGAAGAGUACAGCCAAGGAUUUGGCAGUCUCGACGGAGAAUUCUUUUUGGGCUUGGAGAAGCUACACUUUCUAACUUCCGCCGAACCCUACGAGCUGUAUGUCUUUAUGGAAGACUUUGAUGGAGUUACACAUGAUGCUCGAUAUGAGGAUUUUGCCAUUGGCAAUGCCUCAGAGUCCUAUUCACUUUCAGUUUUGGGUAGAUACUCGGGAGAUGCUGGGGAUUCUUUGAGAUACCACAAGGGAAUGCCCUUCUCCACAUUUGAUCGUGAUGUAAUGGGUCAUGGAUGUGCCAGGAUCUAUGUGGGGGCCUGGUGGUAUGAUCAGUGCCAGAGAAGUAAUCUAAAUGGCCAAUACUUAGAGGGUGGCAGAUUCGAGGCCAAGCUGUCGGGACGCGGGAUCACCUGGAUGAGCUGGCGUGGCUACGAUUAUGGCUACAAAUUCGCCCAAAUGAUGAUCAGACCCAAGUGUUCCAACAACCUAAAGAGGCAGGGCUUGCAAAAGCAUUGAACGAACAUUCCACACGGAAAUCGCAACGAAAUUGUUUCAUUUCUUGAUAAACACUAUCAACAUUUUGGGGCUUUU